AUGAAAACAUGAUACUACGGUCUUGACUUGCUACCUCCAUGCAGAAAAACGCAAAAUGACCAGCAAAGAAGUGUGUUUACUUCUCGGGGCAACUGGUGUUGGAAAGACUUUGUUACUUAAACGCCUACAAAAUAUCCUUUAUGCUCGUCUGAAUGUUUAAACUGAAGCAGGAUUUACAACGGGCUAAUAGCUAAUGUAGCUAUUGCAAUUAGCCUGCUGUAAAAUGGGUUUUAAACGUCUGUUGACAGACAGAACUUGUUAAGUUAUUGAAUAUGUUUUAUAGCUUGAGAAAUAACUCUGAAUAUAAGACCUGGACAUUUCUAACAUUAAAAAAUAUUUGUCUUUACGGGUGAAUUUAAGCCACAGCAGUUGCUCCUGUUUGGUUCUGUUUCCUUACAUGUUUAUGAACUGAUCAGUUUACAUGGUUCAUGCGAAAUGGGUACGCCUCCAUCGACUCUUCCCACAGUAGGAACCAACCUAACAGACCUGACCUUGAAAAAGAAGAAGGUGACAGUGAGGGAAAUUGGAGGCUGCAUGGGGCCUAUAUGGCCCAGUUACUUCCAGGACUGCUUCUCUGUUAUUUUCAUGGUGGAUUCAGCCAACAUUGUCCAGAUAUCCUCAUCCUGUGUCCAGUUGCUGUCUGUGCUCUCUGCUGAGCCUCUGCGCAGUACCUCUGUGCUUAUUCUCUUCAACAAGAGGGACAUGCCUUGUAUCAUGAGCCUCACAGAGAUAAAGUCACUGUUCAGAAUGGAUGACAUCAUUGCAUCGGCUCCUCAGCCUAUCACAACACUGGAGGCCAGUGCCUGCUCUGGACAGGGUUUGCAAGAGGUGCUGGGCUGGCUGGAGUCUGUCACAGUCAAGUGAGGUGUGUUUGAGAUUUUACUGAGACGUUCUGCUGAGAACUCGGAGAAGCCUUCUAGACACUUUACAUCAAGAUUCUCAACCUACAGCAACGACUCUGAUUUCAGGUGAUUUGAUGCCGCAUUUAAUGCUGGACAAAGAAAAAGAAAAUGGGCUGCAAACCUUGUAAGAAGUUAAAUUUAAGAUGAAAAUUUGUCCUAUUAUUUGCUGGAAAAAGGACAUGAUUGUAUGAAGUAAUCAUUGUGAUGUUUGUUCAGUAACAUCAUUUAGGUUACAUCUGCCAAUUUUCUUUUAAACAAGUCGCUCCAACUAAUUCAUUCUUGCCUGAUGAGCAGUAAUAUAACCGCAAGCUAAGGCUAAAUAUUAUGAAUCCAAAUAUGGAUGUGAGUUUGACUUAAACUCUCUUAAGUUUUAAUGGUUUGUGAAUGAGGGAGAACAAGGAGUGUGACUUAUCAAUAAAAAUACUCUACGCAAAGACAGUUUACUACUGGUUCUAGAGGUUCAAAUUACAAAUUAUUAAAAGCUUAUUGUGCAAUUACAGAUUGCAUAAAAUUAAUGUUAUCACAUUUUGCAUAUAAUUAGAAUACUGUUAUAAAACAUCCCAACUAACGAGUGAGGAAACCAUUAUGCAGAAAGACACAAGAAGAAGUACAAAUGUUUGCAGAAACAGUCAGAAGUAGGUCACAGUGGCUCUGAGAUGAUGUGCUGUGUAGAGGAAAGCAAAGUACAACUCUUCAUGUUUAUUUAUAGGCCAGAAAAUGAAGGCCACUAUAAAAAACACAGAGCUAGAUAAAGGUACGUGUAUGGAUGAAAUGGAUAAUUUGUUAGGUGUGGAUAAAAGUGCAGAGGAAGAUUCAUCACUAAAAUUAGUUUCUGGCAUAAAUCUAAGUUCUUUCAGCAGAACAAUGACUUGAAUCGCACAUAAAGCACAAAAAAGGGAUUAUUGAGGGGAGAAAGUGGACUGUUUUAAAACCUGGCCGUGAAUUAUUCCUCUGUUAAAUCUAGCUAAGAGCUAGUGCAAACCCAAAUUAAUAUAACAAAUAAAACAAACUGCUCAUGGUCAGGACUUGGUCAGUGAAUCUUUUCCUUCCAUUAAGUUUUCCUACUUUUCAGAAAUUACCAUUUGUUAUGUUCACUCAUGGUGGAAUGCCACUGUUUGUUGCACAUCUCCUGAAUCAGCUAUCCAGUCCAUAUAUUACAUUUCUGUAAUUCUGUAUUUAAAGUUAUUUUUCUGUAGGUUUUCUUUAGCUGUAAGUAAACAGUGGAAAUUACUAAUGAGUAUAACGAAUUUAUAUAAGCUUCGUUGAUAUUCUAAUUUAUAAAGUUUUUUUUUCAGUGAUAUUAAAAUUUAGUAAGAUGUACCCAUUUAUGUGGCAACUUGUUUACAUACCAGUAUCAGUAUUGGGGUACAGCAUAAAUGUUUAUGUAUUUUUUGCCAAUAUCUAUACUAUUUUUCCUUCAUUGGUCUCUCGAGCGUUUUUAUUUAAUUAAACUGAUGCUACUAAUUCUGUA